AUGGCAAGAGAUGUCUAUUAUCAUGAGUACUACAGACCAGGAGGGAGACGACUUAUGCCAGUACGUUGGUUGGCGCCGGAGUCACUGUUGGAUGGUAAAUUUACCCUGAAAUCUGAUGUUUGGUACGAUCUGAUGGCACGAUGUUGGAAAUUUAAUGCACGUGAUCGUCCCACAUUUGCACAAAUUGUUUUCAUCCUACAGAGGCAUGCCGAAGAAGUGGGAUUUCAUGACGAAGAAUUCCAGGAG